AAAACACCUCGUGUGCAAUUACCGCAAUUAACGAAGGGCGUCGCAACUGACAGCUUCACAACUUGUUCCGUGUUUGCGUGAGAAGCUGCAUUUGAACUAUGCCUUUUUAUUUUGUGUGAUACCUUCAAUACGAUCACAUCGUCGCUUUAACGACGUAGAGGAAAGUCGGAACCCCACUGUUUACAAGAUGGAGGAGAUUACAACCAAGGCUACAUUUUACAUAAUACCAACACUACUUGCUGUUUUACUGGUCUAUUUCCUCAGAAAGAAAAGGAAUAGACUGCCCGGUCCUUUUGGUUUGCCCAUAUUAGGACAUUUGCCCUUUUUGGGCGACAACCCUCAUUUGACUUUCACGAAAUGGAGACGUCAAUAUGGCGACGUCUAUCAAAUCCAAAUGGGUAGCUGGCCGUCCAUUGUAGUUUGCGGGAUGGAUUUGAUAAAACAGGCUCUCACACAAGCAGACGACUUUUCAGGUCGACCCGGGUUCUUUUCCGGACAGAGUAUAACUGGCGGGAAAAAUCUCACUUUUGGACGAUUUGACAGCAGUUGGAUCAAACACAGAAAGAUUGCGAGUGGAGUUUUAUAUACAUUCGCAAACGCGAGGAAAAACCCAGUGGAGGAAAUCAUUAAGCAAGAAGUGUGUAAAGUUGCCGAAAUUUUCAAAUCCAAGGGAGAUAAUUGCUUUGACCCAAAGGAAGCUUUAUUGUUUGCAUCUGCUAGUGUAAUAUAUCAAAUCUGCUAUGGUAAAACAGAUCAAGUUGAAUAUGACGAGGAUUUUAAAUCGUUAAUAACAUCAUCGACAGAUUUUAAUGACUUCACCAAUGCUGGCAAUCCUGUUGACAUGAUGCCCUGGCUACGGGUGUUUUUCCCCUCGAAAGUUAAUAAAUUUCUGGAUAUUGUUGAAAGAGCAGAACGAGUAAGAAGACAGAAAGUUGCCGAACAUAAAACAACCUUUGACCCGAACCAGCUCCGUGAUGUUACUGACGGACUUCUUGCAGCUGCGCAAAGCAUACCGGAAGUCGAGAUGGCGGAGUUAGGAUUGACACACGAACAGAUCUUGUCAUCACUUGACAAUUUCUUUGGAGCCGGUUUUGACACAAUAGCUAAUACACUCCACUGGUCAGUGUUACUAUUAGCCUCGUUUCCAGAUGUUCAGGAGAAAUUGUACCAAGAAAUCUGUGACGUCACCGGAAGUACCCGUUCGCCAUGUUUGUCUGACAAGAGUAAGAUGCCAUACACCGAAGCCACAUGCUCAGAAAUAAUGAGGUUUUCUUGCAUUUUCCCCCUUGCUUUACCCCACUUUACAACCAAAGAUACCCGAAUUGGUGGUUACGAUAUUCCUGAGUCAACAUUGGUAUUCUUCAAUUUUCAUUCUCUGACUCACGACAAGGGCCUUUGGGGUGAUCCAGAGUCUUUUAGGCCAGGCCGAUUUUUGGAUAGAGACGGUCAGAUUGAUAAGGGUGUGUUGAAUCGGCUGAUUCCGUUUUCGGCCGGACGUCGGCGAUGUGUUGCAGAGUUUCUGGCCAGGAUGGAGUUCUUCCUACUUCUGACUGGCAUCGUGCAAACUUGUCAGUUCAAACUGCCAACCGAGGGCGUACGUGAUUUGGAACCCUUGUUUGAACUGUCUCUAAGACCCAAACCAUUCCAGAUCGCGGUGAAAGAACGCGAUCAGGGGCUAUAAAGGGACUAGGGGCGACAAAAUGGCCGUCCUGCAAAGUUUGAUUCAAAUUUGUAAAAGUUCUGUUUUACCCAGUCAACUCAUCAUCACGUUGUCAGUCUACAUCCACAUCAUUUUUUUGUCACCCUUGUUUUAUUUUAUUUUAUUUGUUUUGUUUUUUUUGGUUAAUUUCUGUGCAUGUAUAUUCUGAGCUGUCAUGCCCUACCCAGUCGUGGGUCACUUGCUAGAUAAAUGUACCUGCCAACAUCUGCACCAAAACGCCAGGCUGAAAGAAUAAAGAAGUUGAAAUCUC